AAGGGUAUAUAUAUAUGUAUAUAGUACCUCUAUAUUUUCCUUAUCAACCGAUCUCACACGUUCAAUACACAAAGACACCAAUUAUAUAGUCCUAUAAUAUUUCUCUCUUUCAACUUGUUAUCACUCCUUCGUUACUUCAAGGGGGAAAAAUAUUGAAUAUGGAAGUGAAGUUGGUGUCAAAAGAAACGAGCUGGUGGAUGUUCGCACUACCUGCCGUUUUUGGAACCCAAAACCUACUCGAUGUUCACGUCCUCAUCUCCCUCUCCGUCGCUGCCGUCUCUCUCUAUCUCCUCACAUGGGUUCUCGCCGGAGGUGGCGGUGGCGCGUGGAAGAACGGCAGGAACCGGAUGGGUCGGGUCAAGAUCCCGGGCCCUCGGGGUUUACCCGUUUUCGGGAGCCUCUUCACACUAAGCCGCGGCUUAGCUCACCGGACUUUAGACGCCUUUGCUCGGAGCAGAGACGAAACCGAUCUCAUGGCUCUUAGCCUGGGCUCGACGCCGGUCGUCGUGGCCUCUGAGACCGGCACGGCGCGGGAGAUCCUGACUUCGGUUCACUUCGCUGACCGGCCGGUUAAGCAGUCGGCUAAGAGUCUCAUGUUCAGCCGAGCCAUAGGGUUUGCGCCCAACGGGGCUUACUGGCGCACGUUGAGGAGGAUCGCGUCGGCUCACCUCUUCGCUCCCAGGCGCAUGUUAGCCCACGAAGCUGGACGUAAGCUAGACUGCGCUGAGAUGGUGAGGGCUAUAUCGGUCGAGCAAAACGACAACGGGUCCGUCGUUUUGAGGAAGCACUUGCAGUUAGCCGCCUUGAACAAUGUCAUGGGAAGCGUUUUCGGGAUAAGAUAUGACCCUCCGAGCGAGAAAGAGGAUCUCGAAGAGCUUAAAUCGAUGGUUAGAGAAGGUUUUGAGCUCUUGGGUGCUUUUAACUGGUCAGAUUAUCUUCCGUGGCUCGUUUACUUUUACGACCCGUUCCGUAUAAGCCAACGGUGCUCCGAACUCGUUCCACGAAUCAGAAAACUCGUCAGGAGGAUCAUCGACGAGCACCGAGUCGGUGACUCAGGGAAGAAGGGUGACAGCGGAGAUUUUGUCGACGUUUUGUUGUCUCUAGAUGGUGAUGAGAAGCUUGAAGAAAAUGAUAUGAUCGCUGUUUUAUGGGAAAUGAUUUUUCGAGGAACGGAUACAACAGCGUUGUUAACGGAGUGGGCGAUGGCGGAGCUGGUGAUAAACCCUAACGUGCAAGCCAAGUUACGUGACGAGAUCAAUAGCGCCGUGGGGAACGGCCCUAUUGCCGACGCUGACGUGGCAAAGCUCCCGUACUUGCAGGCGGUGGUGAAGGAGACACUGAGGAUGCACCCACCAGGGCCGCUGCUGUCGUGGGCUCGGCUGUCCACGUCGGACGUCCAGCUCAGUAACGGCAUGGUGAUUCCGGCGGGGACCACCGCGAUGGUCAACAUGUGGGCCAUAACGCACGACCCGAGGGUGUGGAGCGACCCGCAAGUGUUCGAGCCGGAGAGGUUUCUAAACGGGGAAGGCGCUGACGUGGACGUGCGUGGAGGGGACAUGAGGCUUGCGCCGUUCGGGGCGGGUCGGAGGGCGUGUCCGGGGAAGAACAUGGGUCUGGCCACCGUGACCCGGUGGCUGGCAGAGCUGGUGAGGCGGUUCGAGUGGGCGGAGGAGACGAGCGAGCCGGUGGACCUGGCCGAGGUUUUGAAGCUGUCUUGUGAGAUGAAACGCCCGUGGCGAGCCGUCGCCGUGGAGACGAAGUAGAAAAUGGCUCGGGGGAUAUGUAUUUUCAAGAAUCGCUAGGGGUUUUGUGUGUGUGUGUGUGUGUUCUGUGUUUUUAUUGCUAGGUUAUGUUUUUUUCCUUAUGUGAUGGUGUGUGUGUGUGGAGCGGUCUAGGCUCCAGUUUUGGAACCGUUUCAAAUGGAAAUUUCUGUUGGGUGAAAAUUUGAUCUCCUCAAUUAAUAUUGAAAUUCU